UAUCCAACAAACCACUCACCCCGUACCUUGCGCAAUCUUAUGCCCCCCGAUGAAACAAACGUAAUUUAACUUUGGACGGCCUGUUAACCGAUGAAGAUAAACAAAAGCGCCGUAAACAUCCUAGCGCACUUGGCCAUACAAGUCCUUCCGGGCGGAAUGAAUUUAUGCAUUUAUUGACCGCCUGUUCACACUGGGAAUUUUGCAUGCCCUCGUUCAUCGUUUCACGGUGGACCAAAAUGGAAGAUGAAUCUUCAGUGCUGACGACUACUCUUUCGUCAGAUCCAAGCCGCGGACAACUCUCCAGGAAAGGUGACAAAACAUGUCAGCCUCCUCAUACUUCGGCUGAUGUCUCAGCCCGACAACCGUCGCCGCCUGACGACUCAGCGAGACAUCUCUAUGAAUUCAACUACUUCGCAAAAUUACCCGCAGAAGUCCGAAGCGAGAUUUGGAACCUGGCGUUCUCUCUAUCUUCACCUCGAAUAUACAUUCCGUACGCACGCCGAAUAGAAGGAAGUGGGAGGCAGUAUCCUCACUAUCGACACGACUUGCCAGGACUUAUGGUCUUGAGCAACGAAGUCCGGGAAAUCACCAUCAGAAAUCGAAAACUUUCCCUCAUAUCGGGCAGGUAUGACGUCUGUAACUCGAAAUAUGUCAAACGCAUAUAUGACUGGGCUGAUCCAAAACGCGAUUUACUCUAUAUCUAUAUCGAUCUCCAUUGGGACAUCCAGGGUCAUUUUUCUUAUAUCGAGAACGUCUUUGAAACUGUAAUUCUCUGUCCAAAGAACAUCGGGAAUGCGCUCCAUCUAGAGGAACUGUCUCGCUGGUCUACAACACUAUCUCAUUCUUAUUCCUCAGAAUCGGGCACAUCAUAUUCAUCAAAGGUCAAAGAACUACAACUCGUUUGCCGAUCAUACAACCUCCCAAUCUCUAGGUUUUCGGUCGGAACCCAGAACGACUUUUUAGUCUUAGAUCUUGAUAAGGAGAAUGAUGUAGUCUGGUUUUUAGCAUUACGGAACCGUUUUCCAAAGUGCGACAUUCCUUGGAAUGUUAUUGAGAAUGAUUUUCGUCGAGAAAGAAACCUUGAUUGGCAACUUGGAGUACUUAACGAUUGGAGUACAGGAGUAAAGGAGCUCGAGGGUCAAUAUCAUAUUCGCCUUGGCGAUGCCGACAGCAAAGACAUGCGACAUCUUCCUCUGCCAACGGAUGUGCAAGUGGAUGUUUUGGAUAUUGUUAAUGAUACUUGGGUUGAUACAGAUGGCAUUUCGGAUAAUUUACAUGGUUAUUUUUGGUUCAUGUUGCCGUGGGUGGAUUAUGCGACUUUGGUCAGUCAAGUUUGGGCCUCAUCCAUCGGCGUAGCAACAUUUCCCAAGGUACGACGGGUUGUACAAUUUCAUCUGGAAGGUUAAGACACACGAUUGACAGCUUCAGAACUGAAAUAAUGUAUACAGUUUUAGAUAAGUUUCACAAAGCUGCUGUCAAGUCAAUUGAUCAGAUUAGGACCUAAAUCCGAUAUGAACUGACAAUUUGCCUUCUGUAUCUGAUAUGGUUAAUAUAUGAUUGAUGCAUAAUAUAUCAUACGUCAUGCAAAGC